AUGUUGUAUCAUGCAAAGCAGCAGCAUGGGGAGAAGAGGGGGAGUGGGGAGAAGCUGCAGCGUGCAAGGAAGCAGCGUUGUCAGGAGGGGGGGAGUGGGGACAUGGUACAGGAUGCAAGGGCGCAACAUGGGGGGAGGGAAGGAAGUGGGGAGAAGCAGCAGCAUGAAAAGAAGCAGCAGCAUGAAAAGAAGCAGCAGCAUGAAAAGAAGCAGCAGCAUGAAAAGAAGCAGCAGCAUCAGGAAGGGAAGAAUGGAGACCACUUCCAGCAUGCAAGGGCGCAGCAUGGGGGGAAGGGGGGAAGUAGGGGCGGGGUAAUUGGUGUGUCUGGUGGGGAGGGGGGUAAUGGGGGCGGGAUUAAGGGUGCGCAUGGGGGAGUGCUGGGGAGGCAUGGACGCGAGAAGAAGGCUGAUUUUUUCAGAGGGGAGGAGGGAAGGAGAGUGGAGAGGGGCGAAGAGGCGAGGAGGGAGGAUGAGAGGGAAGAAUAUGCGAGGAGGGAGGAGGAGAGGGAAGAAGAUGCGAGGAGGGAGGAGAGGGAAGAAGAGGGAACGAAGGGGGAUGAGAGGGGCGAACAGGGAAGGAGGGAGGAGGAGAGGAACGAGGAGGCUUUUAGGCGGGAAGGGGAGCACGAAGGUGAGAAGAGAACGAGUGCAGUGAGUGAUGAAGAAAGAAGGAGCGAGGGGGAGAGGGGCGAAGAGGAAAGGGGAGGGGAGGAGAGGGAUGAAGGAAGAAGGGGAGGGAAUGAGAGGGAUGAAGAGGGAAGGAGAGGGGAGGCGAGGGAUGAAGAGGGAAGGAGAGGGGAGGAGAGGGAUGAAGAGCAGGGGUUAAUACCCCAUCCGCUCCCUCCUGGGGGGGAGGACCACAGGGGGAUGGCAGCGAUGCUGCCGUUUCAAGGGAAGGGCAGCGCGGUUGGGGGAGGAAGAGCGGAGGGGGGGGAUGGGGGCGGGAGUGGGGGAGGGUGGCGGCAGCCUUGGGGGGGAGCGGAGGGGAGUGCGUAUGGAGGGGGGGGACAGGAGGGGGGAGCUGCUGGGAGCAGUGGGGGAGGGAGAGGGGAGGGGGGAACUGCUGGGGACAGCGGGGGAGGGCAUGAGUGUGAGGUGGAGGGGGAGGAGGAGGAAGGGUGUGACGUGGAUGGUCCAGUGGUGAAGGGGGAGGAAGUGGGGGAAGAUGGGGGUGUGGGGGAAGAUGCGGGGGUGGGGGAAGAUGCGGGGUUGGGGGAAGAUGCGGGGUUGGGGGGAGAUGAGGGGUUGGGGGAAGAUGUGGGGGUAGGGGGAGUUGGGGCUUGGUUUAAGUCACCACAAAGCAUUGGAAAGAGGUGCAGGAGCAACGAUCGUGCAGCAGCGAGUAAGGCCCGUGGAAGAAGGUUGUUUCAAAAGGAAAGGGCGAUUAGAAAGCGAAGGCGUGUUGGAGGAGUCAUUGAGGGGGAGGGCGCUGGUUACAGGAGAGGCCACCUGAAAAAUCACCUGAGGCAGCAGAAGAGGUACCUGAGCACGAAGGUGCAUCAUUUUGUGGGGAGGAAGGGGCGGCGACGCAAGCUGAGGAAUCACCUGAAGGCAACAGAGAAGAAGCACCUGAGGCGGAAGGAGAAGCUCCUGAAGGAGGAAGAGGUCCACCUGAGUCAGAGGGAAGAACACCUGGAAAAACAGAAAGCGCACCUGAGACAGCAAGGGGACCAUAUUAGGGAACAGAAGGAGCAGCAAGAGUUGCACCUGAGGCAGCAGGAGGAGCACCUGAAGCAACAGAACGAGCACCUGAGACAACAGGAGGUUCAGUUAAGGGAACAGAGGGAGCAACAAGAUUUGCACCUGAGGCAGCAGGAGGAGCACCUGAGGCAGCAGAACGAGCACCUGAACGACAAGGAGAACCACCUGAAACGAAAAAGGCAGCACCUGGAGCUUCAGGUUAGGCGCACGCGAAGACAGAGGGAUCACCUGAAUCGUGGCUCUGUGCGUUCUCGUGGUUCGCGGAGGGAGGUGGUGGUGAGUGGUGCAGAGGGGCGCACUCAGAUUCAAAGGGAUCGCCUGAGUCGUCGCUCUGUGCGUUCUCGUGGUUCUGGAAGAGGGGUUGGGGUGGGUGAUACGGAGGGGGUGGAGUUGGCGGGGGAUGGAGGGAGGCGAGGGGUGGUGAAGGAUGAGAUAGAACAGUGGUUGGGGUGA